CUGCUCAUGUUUUCCGGUUCCCAUCGUGUAGCGACAACACUAAAGACAACAUUCAACGUCCAGUCUUCAUUAUGGGAAUAAAUCAUUAAAUCUGCUUUUUCUCAGACGAGAAGGCAGAUUUAUUUACACCACUGUCACGAUUUGUUAUGGAAGAAAAGGAAAUCAGUUUUAUCGAUCAGAAUAUUUCAAGUUUGCUGGUGGUUCCCUUGCAUCCCUCCGUGACAUCACUCACGCUGCACUGCAACAACAUCCCGAGGAUCGAGGGCCUGCACUCGGCAUGGCUCCUGAGACACUUGGACCUCUCCUCCAACUGUAUCUCAAAGAUUGAGGGUCUAAGCACUCUCACGUCUCUGAGGACUUUGAAUUUAUCUUGUAACACGAUUAAGAAGGUUGAGGGACUGAACGGCCUUGUGAGGUUAACCAGAUUAGAUUUAUCCUUCAAUCAGAUAAAUGACCUCACUGGUUUGUUGCAUCUUCAUGGCCCAGGAAGCAAAUUGAAGUACCUCAGUCUCUAUAGCAACCACCUGGGCAGCAUCGACCACCUCCUGCAGUGCCUGCUGGGAUUGCGCGCCUUGGGAGAGGUCCUUUUGAGCCGAGACGGCAAAGAUAACCCACUGUGUAGGGCACCAGGCUACCGGGAGAUUGUCAUGCGGUCGUUACCGCAAGUGUCAUUUCUGGAUGGCCUGGAUAGGCUGGGAAAUCCGUCGCACUCCCAGGCUGACAGUCCGUUUGACAUUCCUGGGCUGGAGAACUACGUGGACCUCCUCUGCUCAGACGCUAGUCACAGUGAUGUGGACGCCCUUCUGACCACACCAGGCAUCAACAAGGUUCUGGCCAGCUUUCAACAAAGCGUUGCUCCUGAAGCGGCGCUCCCCAAGGAGAAGCACGCCCAGCAGGUCCGCUUCUACGAUGCUGACCAAGCACUUAAUGAAGAACGGGUCAAGAAACUGGAACAGCAGGUGUCGCGCCUCAUUCUGCAGGCUUCUGCAAGGCACAAUUCUGGUCCCCCAAGAGAAAAAGUACACAAGGCCAAGAAGGACACGGACCGCACAUCAGAGAGUGAGUGUGACAGCGGGAAGGAAAACUUUGGACGCACGGCCAUCCUAAAAUAUCGCAAAAGUGCAGCAAGGAGAUUUGACAGCGAUCAGGAGAAUCCCAAACAGAAGAGUUCAAAGUCUGCUGUUAGACCCAGGAGGUGUUCUUCCACAACCAAAGGAGGCACAGAUGCACCAAGGCCAGCAGGAAGCGUCUCACUGAGUGCACCAAGCAAUGUGAAAUCCAAGUUCAACGAGGAGGAAACUUACAGGGCUAUUGUGGAGGAGCGUGACCAGGAAAGAGAGAGGCGAUGGAAGGCCGAGCAGGCCGUCACUAAACUCACAGAGGAGCUAAAGUGCCUUAAGACCAAAGUCAGUGAGGAGAAAGACCUGCAGAGCAUGGCCAUGCACACCACAGACAGGCUAAAAGAUGUUCUGCUGAAGGAGCAAUCGGGACGCUGUGAACUGCAGAUGCGUGUAGAGGAGCUGCAAGGCAGGUGUCGAUCUUUGACUCAGAAGCUGCAACAGGGCCGCAGCGCGGAGGAGAAGCAGAAACAAUCAAUACUCAAACUGAAGGAGACCAUCUCCGCUGGAGAAGCGCACCGAGCUCGCCAGCAGGCUGAAGAGAUGAAGCGGCACCAGGAGCUGGAGAACAAGGUAUCGGCCCUGAAGCGGGAGUUACACAUUCAGAGGGCCAGCGUGUCCCAGCACACUGACAAAGUACAGCAGCUGCAGGAACUGCUGGCAAACCGAGAACAAGAGCACAGGAAGCAGCUGGAGAUGCGGCUGCAGCCGGGCGGGGUUGAGUUCCUUGCGGCGGUGGCGCAAGAAGUGGCGUCUCAGGUCCAAAAACACAGUCGGAGGGAGUCUGAGCUGAAGGAGGCGGUGGAGGAAAGCAAGAAGGCGUAUGCAGCCUUGGAGGAUGAAUUCCGCAUGGCGCUCACCAUCGAGGCGUCACGCUUCUCCGAGGUGAGGAAGGCCUGUGACAAUCUGACUGCACAGCUGUCUGAGCUCAAAAUGACCCAGGCUGACUCGCAGCUGACGGAGAAGAAAUCUGCCUCCAUGGUGCAGGAUCUCACAGCCAUAGUCAAGGAGCAGAAGAGCCGCAUUUCAGACCUCAUAAAAGAAAAGAGAGAAGCAGCAACUGAGCGUAAGAAGCGCGUUCAAGCUCUUGAAGCUGAACUGGAUCAGGACCGCCGCCUCGGCCUUCAGUUGGAGAUGCUGAAAAAAGAAAAGGCGGCUCUGUCAUCUCAGCUUACGGCGCAGGAGUCUGUCAUAGACGGCCUCAGGGCAGAGAGGAAGCUUUGGGGCCAAGAGCUCGCUCAGCAAGGAGCAUCCCUGGCUCAGGACCGUGGCCGCUUGGAGUCCAGAGUCGAGGUGCUGGGCGCUGAGCUGGAGGCGCAGAAGAAUAAGAACGAGAAGAGCGACGACUCCCUCCGAAUCAAAAGCAAAAUCAUAGAGGAUCAAACCCAAACCAUCCGCAAGCUCAAAGAGACCCUGCAGGAGCACGAUCAGCUGGUCCGCAGGCUGCGAGACGAAAAAGCACAGGCCCAGAAGACCUUCCAGCUGCAGCUCGAGGAGGAAACGUCCCGGAUGUCCGACCUGAUGGAACGUGUGGAACACCUCAGCCUGCGCAAGGAGGAGCUGAAGCAGCAGUUGGACGACAAGGAGGAAGAAAUGAAGGAUGUGAAGCACAUUCACAGGCAGGAUAAGGCUCAGAUGCUCACUCAACUUGAGAGCCAAGUGAAGCGCAUGAAGGACAACUUUCACAGCAAGGAACGCUCGCUUCUGGAAGAGCGAGACAACGCCACAGAAGCCCACAGAGCUGCCAUGGAGAAACUACACUGCAUGGACGAAGCGUUACAUCUGCAGCUGGAGUCCGUACAGGCCGCCCAUCAAGCUGAGCUGCUUCAGCUGGCCAAUGACAAGCACAGGCAGAUAGAACUGGCCAAUCAGAAGGUGUAUGAAGUGGAGGAAGAGAUGCGCCAGCUGCUGCUUGAAAACGAAAACGUCAAAAGAACCAUGGAGAAAGUGAAACGUCUUACGAGCGGAAUCAGAGAUUUUAAUUGAUGAAUGAACUAUCACGGUGACAACUAUGAUCAUUAGCGGAGUAAAAGUUGCCAGUGUACAGUUGUAAAAAAUAUAUUCAAUUUUUACAGUUUAAAAAAAAUAAAUUGUGUUACCGGUAAAUUAUUUUAUAAAUUAUAUUUAUCAACAUACUCAGUGGCCUUGUGGUUAGAGUGUCUGCCCUGAGAUCGGUAGGUUGUGAGUAGAGAUGUCCGAUAAUAUCGGCAGUCCGAUAUUAUCGGCCGAUGAAUGCUUUAAAAUGCAGAAAUUAUCGGUAUCGGUUUCAAAAAGUAAAAUGUAUUUUAAAACGCCGUUGUGUACACGGACGUAGGGAGAAGUACAGAGUGCCAAUAAACCUUAAAGGCACUGCCUUUGCGUGCCGGCCCAGUCACAUAAUAUCUACGGCUUUUCACACACACAAGUGAAUGCCAACCAUACUUGGUCAACAGCCAUACAGGUCACACUGAGGGUGGCCGUAUAAACAACUUUAACACUGUUACAAAUAUGUGAACCCACACCAAACAAGAAUGACAAACACAUUUCAGGAGAACAUCCGCACCGUAACACAACAUAAACACAACAGAACAAAUACCCAGAACCCCUUGCAGCACUAACUCUUCCGGGACGCUACAAUAUAAAACCCCCGCUACCCUCUAAACCUCAACCCCACCCGCCCACCUCAACCUCCUCAUGCUCUCUCAGGGAGAGCAUGUCCCAAAUUCCAAGCUGCUGUUUUGAGACAUGUUUA